AACGAAAACCAGAAAAAGCUGCUCUCUUGAAGUGGACCCGUGACGCUCGUGGAACUUGGUAGAGCAUAUCCAAUGUCCCUCACUCCCUAUACCUUCAUCUCCUCGAAAACAUCAACAGUCGGUCUGAGACGGAAGGCCAAGUACAUUCCUUUAUCAAUAAAUACCAAACACACCACUAGACAAAAACGGGGUAAAGGGCACCGAUAAGAAAAAGAAAGAAAACCAGAAAAAGCUGCUCUUGAAGUGGACCCGUGUGCUUGUGGAACUUGGUAGAGCAUAUCCUAUGUCCCUAUCCCUUCAUCUCCUCGAAAACAUCAACAGUCGGUCUGAGACAGAAGAGCAAGUACAUUCCUUUAUCAACGAUAAAAUUAGAUUAGAUUUUAAACGCACAGAGAUUGAUAUCACAACAGCCAGCGGAGAGCGUCCAUGUUUGGUGGCAAAGGCAUGGGAGGUGGAAGCGGAGGAAGCAUGUUGAGGACAGUUGGAAGAGCAGUUGGUACUGCAAGAACUACUGGUGUGGCUGCUGGCGCUGCUCUCCAAGAAUCCAUUUCUUCCUCCGGCAACACUCCCCAUACUUCUAUAUCUCCCACUUCUAGGCCUACCCACAAACCCAGUUCCUCAAGUCAGCUUUCUCUAUCUUCCACUUCACCUUUUGCUUCCCACAAUGUUGCCAUCUCUGCAACUUCUGGGAUACCCACUUGGCCUCCUCCUCUGUCUCAGAGUGAUGAGCUUGACUGGGUUUCUGUCGAUGGGAGCGAAGAUAAGCGACCCCUUGGCUAUUUUGACGAUUUUGUUCUCGGCCCUGUUCCUUCCAUGGAUGAAGUCCAGGACGCUGUUUCUGCUCUCCAACAGGUUUUUGACCCUGCCUCAUACUGCAAGGCCGUUCCUUCUGUGGAUAAUGGUGUGGCAGAUCAAGUUACAAGUCCUACUGGGUUGGAGUUAGACUGGGUGGAACCCUCUUUGCAUCUAUGCAAUUCUAGGAUUUUGCAAACUCAGGGAUCCAACAGAGUUUACAAUGCCUUGCAUUUAUUGCAGACCGAGCCAUCUGUUCAGAGAAUGGUCAUAUCAUUGUCAUCAGAUAAAUUAGUUUGGGAUGCGGUUUUGAAUAAUGAGGUGGUGCGGGAGCUCAGGGAAUCAUACUCUGCAGUUGAAAACAAGGAACUCCAGAGUCCAAAUGAGAGUUCUGAGGACUCCAAUGAAGUGGCGAAUAUAUUAAGGUGGAUAUUUGACAACACUAAGGCUAAGGUCAUGGAAGUGAUCGAGAACAUCACAAAGCUCAUGAACGAGUUAUUUCAGUCUCCCGAUAAUCAGAAGACAACAGGAGCCACCGAUCCUUUCAAGGAAAAGCUAAAGGCUUCAUUCAUGCUAUCUGUUGUGGUGCUGUUGAUAGUGGUGGUGUCUCGAGCCCACAAGGCUUGAUGGUAUAGAAUUUGACGACAUGACAGGAGGAGUGGAUGACUUUGUAUAGCAGCUACAACUGCAAGUUUCCAGCUGGAUAAUCUUUUUUAAGCUCAAGCUAUGCUUUCAUUGCUUUUAUGUUUACAAUGCAAUCUCAGUUGGCAGGUCAUGCAUUAUUAGACUAUGGGGAUGUAAAGUUAAGCCCCCUUUUUUUCUUUGUAUCUUGAUUUUAGGGUUAGGCUCAAAUUACUUGGUGAUGUCCUCGAGCAGGGAUAUUUAGAUGUUACCUCCCUUUUCUGCUUUUGGAUAAUAUGUAUCACAAGUUUCGUUUCGUUUCAAGACUCUGGAGACUCAUUUUCCAAGUUUAAUUAUUAGUCACAAAUUAUCAGGACA